AAAUGUCUAAAAUAGUGAAGUAAGUGUGUGUUGAUGGCAUAAGUGAGUGUUGUUGAUAACGACUGUGGUAUUUAGUCAGUGAAAAUUGUUUUUCACUGACCACAUGAGCAUUUUUAAACCAUCCCGCAUGGUUCGUUGAGACAAAUGAGACAAGUGGUAUUUGCAAGGACUUCAUUCUCAACUAAAAAGAAAACUCCUGAAUGAAAACCUCUACACUUUGUUUCCUCACAAAUGACUUUGUCGUACUUAAAUGUUAUUUUCUUCUUUCUUGUCAACAGACAUGUAUUUCAGACGGGGACUGCAUUAAAACCAGCUCAGUAUCAACCACUCGUCAAACAGAUCAUAGAUGGCAUAUUUAGCCCUGAAUCACCUGAGCUUCCAGACAUUGAGUUCAAGUCACACGGACUGAAGGAUUUCAUCAAAACGGGAUUUAGUUUAUUUAUGAAUGUGAGCAAGCCUCGUCCUAACGACCAUCCAUUAUUGGUGCUUUACAUUGUUGGAGGAAUCACGUGUUCUGAGGUCCACCAAAUAAGGGAAGCGCUUGCUGCAUACCAUCCUAACACACAGCUCUUGAUUGGUAGUACACGGCUUCUGAAAUGUGAUGAUUUGUUUGAAGAAGUUUUCCUUCAGGACAAUUUGUUCCCAGCCCUUCAUUGAUGAUCUUCAAAGCAAACUUUACAGAGAAGAGGCCACAGAGUUCUGUCACCUCCAUGACAUUUCAGGAAGUUUACUGCGAGGUUUUGUGCAAGUUAGUAGAAGUACAAUUGGCGUCACGCAUCGUGUAUCCAAUGACAAGUUGUCCAAGCAAGUGGUGAACCGAUCGAGCAGAGGACAGACUGAUAACUAAUAGACCAUGAUUAAAGAGAAAGCGAGAGUAAACCGUCGAUAUCAAGAGGAGAAAUGCUCCCAGAUUUUUAAGAAAUGUUUUGAUAAAAGUGGUUGACUGAAUAAUAUAAUUAUAGUAUUGUUACAAACGACGUAUAUUAUUUAAAAGUAGAAACAAGAAUAAGUUUGUGCAUGGACAUCGACUUUGUAACCGUAGCGACUCACAGUUGCCAAUUUUGAAACGUAGUUUUUGACUAAAACAAAAAGAGUAAGGAAUUUUCUUUACUUUAUUAUUGCUCUUUUGAACUUAAAGAAAAUUGGUAGAAUAUAAAGCGUUCGAGGGCCUUAUUUAUAGUUUUAAAAUGAAAUAAAUGAAAUAAACCUUG